CACAGCCAAUUGAUAGUGGCGCGCACGACCCGCACCUCAGCUAUCAUCAACAAUUCACCAUUGAGAGCCACCCAGACUAACUGCCAUGAGUUCGAAUCCGCCCACUGCGCCUGACACUGCAGGCCCCGGCCAAGCGCAGGCCAGCAUCGUUCCCAGAGAUGUGCGGUUGUUGCACUUGAUUUUCGCCACCCAGGGCAUUCAGAACUACCAGGACCAUGUCCCAUUGCAGUUGAUGGACUUUGCCCACAGAUACACCAAGUCUGUGUUGAAGGAUGCGCUCACCUACAACGACCAUGCCAAACCCUCGGGUGCCUCCACCAACAAUACCACUGUCAACACCGACGACAUUCGGUUGGCCAUUGCCGCCAGAACCAACUACCAGUUCAAGCCUACGCCGCCCAAAGAGUUGCUCUUGGAGUUGGCGGAGGAAAGAAAUGCCAAGCCGUUGCCGCCAGUCAUACCCAAGUGGGGCUUGAACCUUCCCCCAGAAAAGUACUGUCUCACAGCCAGAGACUGGGACACCUUGGAGGAGGAAGAGGAGGAGAACGUCAAGAGACAAAAGAAUGAAUAAGGGGAGGAGGAAAAGAAUGAAGUGGGAAGAACGAAUGUAAGAAUAUCUCAGACAGAUUAUGAAGAGAAGAUGAUGGGUGGGGAGAUAACCUCCGAAUAUCCUUGAAGAUGAAAGCUAUCCAAUUAUCCUGGAAAAUACUAUCUUGAGACGUAAAAAUUUCACGAGGAGAAGAACGUCAAAGAUAGCACGAAAAUGGCCCGAACCACGUUGAAGGGUCCCCUGUACACUAGUAAUAUAUGCCGUGAGCACUGUAAUGGUGAGUUUGAUAAUUCCGUUGUAAAUAUAACGUAGAUUGACAGUUUUGCCCAUCUGAUAUGUUUCCCAAG